CGCGGCGCGGGCGGGAGGGCGCGGCGGGGGGCGGGGGGCGCGGGCGGCCCCUCCCCCUGCCCUGCUCGGGGCGGCCGCCGGGAGCCGCCGGAGUUUCGGCGCCCGGGAGGGAGAUGCGGCCGCCGCUCGGGCUCCUUGCAGAUCUCUAAGCAGCAGGAUGCUGGUGCGGCACCCAGGAUGGCCCCGCUGGACGCCGAGCUGGAGCACAUCGUCCCACCCUGGGUCCUGGCCCCCUGCCGGGCCCGCUGCCUGGUGGCCUGCGUGUCCCUCCUGUGCUUUGCACGGAGCUACGACGGCGACUUCGUCUUCGAUGACUCUGAGGCGAUCGUGAACAACAAGGACCUCCGCGCAGAGACCCCUCUCGGGGACCUGUGGCACCACGACUUCUGGGGCAGCCGGCUGAGCAGCAACGCCAGCCACAAGUCCUACCGGCCGCUCACCGUGCUGACCUUCAGGAUUAACUACUUCCUCUCCGGAGGGUUCCACCCCGCCAGCUUCCAUGUGGUCAACAUCCUCCUGCACGGGGCCGUCUCGGUGCUGCUGCUGGACGUGUACUCGGUGCUUUUCGGGGGGCUGCAGUACUCGGGCAGGGGCCGCCGGCUGGACCUGGCCCCCCGCGCCUCACUGCUGGCCGCCCUGCUCUUCGCCGCACACCCAGUGCACACGGAGUGUGUGGCCGGUGUGGUGGGCCGAGCAGACCUGCUGGGUGCCCUCUUCUUCCUUCUGUCGUUCCUGGGCUACUGCAGAGCCUUCAGAGACAGUCACAAGGAGGGAACACACCGCACGUGCUGGGUGCUGCUGAGCGUCCUCCUGGGGGCCGUGGCCAUGCUGUGCAAGGAGCAAGGGAUCACCGUGCUGGGCUUCAGCGCCGUCUUUGACCUCUUGGUGAUCGGCAAGUUGAACGUCCUGGACAUCUUCCAGAAGCUGCUGCACAAGAGCAAGUCGGUGGAGAUCCUGGGCACGCUCAGGAGCGGCGGUCUCCUCUCCAGGAUGGGCCUGCUGGCGGCAGGGGGCGCCGGGCUGCUGUACGUGCGCUGGACCAUGAUGGGCACCGGGCCGCCAGCCUUCACCGAGGUGGACAACCCCGCCUCCUUUGCCGACAGCAUGCUGGUCCGAGCCAUCAACUACAACUACUACUACGCGCUGAGCGCCUGGCUGAUGCUCUGUCCCUGGUGGCUGUGCUUCGACUGGUCCAUGGGCUGCGUUCCCCUCAUCACGUCCGCCGGCGACUGGCGGGUGGCGGCGCUGGCCGCCCUGUGGUUCUGCCUCAUCGGCCUGACGGGCCAGGCCCUGUGCUCGGGGGACAGCCACAGGAGGAGGGUGCUGACGCUGGGCCUGGGGCUCCUGGUCAUCCCGUUCCUGCCCGCGAGUAACCUGUUCUUCCGCGUGGGCUUCGUCGUGGCCGAGCGCGUGCUCUACCUGCCCAGCGCGGGCUACUGCGUGCUGCUGACCUGCGGCUUCGGGGCGCUCAGCCGACACACCCGGAGGAAGAAACUCAUCGCCGCCGUCGUGCUGGGCAUCUUGCUGCUCAACGUCCUGCGCUGCGUGGUCCGGAGCGGCGAGUGGCGCAGCGAGGAGCAGCUGUUCCGGAGCGCCCUGUCCGUGUGUCCGCUGAAUGCCAAGGUCCACUACAAUGUUGGCAAGAACCUGGCCGACAAGGGCAAUCAGACGGCGGCCAUCCGCUACUACCGGGAGGCCGUGAGGUUGAAUCCAAAGUACGUGCAUGCCAUGAACAACCUCGGGAAUAUCUUGAAGGAAAGGAAUGAGCUGCAGGAGGCCGAGGAGCUGCUCUCGCUGGCUGUGCAGAUCCAGCCGGACUUUGCUGCCGCGUGGAUGAAUUUAGGGAUCGUGCAGAACAGCCUGAAACGGUUUGAAGCGGCUGAGCACAGCUACCGGACAGCCAUCAAACACAGGAGGAAGUACCCCGACUGCUACUAUAACCUCGGGCGCCUGUACGCGGACCUGAACCGCCACGUGGACGCCCUGAACGCCUGGAGGAACGCCACGGUGCUGAAGCCCGAGCACAGCCUGGCCUGGAACAACAUGAUCAUCCUCCUGGACAACACGGGGAACCUGGCGCAGGCCGAGGCGGUGGGGCGGGAGGCGCUGGAGCUGCUCCCCGACGACCAUGCGCUCAUGUUCUCGCUGGCCAACGUGCUGGGCAAGUCGCAGAAGUACAAGGAGUCCGAAGCUUUGUUCCUCAAAGCAAUCAAAGCGCAUCCGAAGGCUGCGAGUUACCAUGGCAAUCUGGCCGUGCUCUAUCAUCGCUGGGGACAUCUCCACCUGGCCCAGAAGCACUACGAGAUCUCUCUGCGGUUGGACCCCACCGCGUCCGGGACGAAGGAGAAUUACGGGCUCCUGAGGAGAAAGCUGCAGCAGACGCAAAAGAAAGACGUCUGACCUCCCCACCCCCUGUCUCCUGUGAGAGAAAGACGUUGGACCCCUCUCUCUCCUGUGAGAGAAAGACAUCUGACCUCUCUCUCUGCUGUGAAAGAAAGAUAUCGGAGCCUUCUCUCUCCUGCAAAGGACGUCGGAACCCUCUCCUGCGAGAGAAAGACAUCUGAUCUCUCUCUCCUGCAAGAGAAAGACAUUGGACCCCUCUCUCUCCUGUGAGAGACGUUGGACCCCUCUCUCUCCUGUGAGAGACGUGGGACCCCUCUCUCUCCUGUGAGAGAUAUCUGACCUCUCUCUCCUGUGAGAGACGUCUGACCUUUCUCCCCUGUGAGAGACGUGGGACCCCUCUCUCUCCUGUGAGAGACGUCUGACCUCUCUCUCCUGUGAGAGACGUCUGACCUCUCUCUCCUGUGAGAGACGUCUGACCUUUCUCCCCUGUGAGAGACGUGGGACCCCUCUCUCUCCUGUGAGAGAUGUCUGACCUCUCUCUCCUGUGAGAGACGUCUGACCUUUCUCCCCUGUGAGAGACGUCUGACCUCUCUCCUGUGAGAGACAUCUGACCUCUGUCACGGCCGCGUUUGUGCUCGUGGACGUGCAGCCCGGCCCGGCGUUCCUGUGACAGUGCACCGUUUCAGAGGCUCGUGUGGUGUUCAUCCCAGUCUGUCUUCUUUUCUAUGAGAACAAAGACACGCAAAAAGAUUACAGCACCAGCAAUAGAGGCUUGAACGCUCGAUGUGGUUUCCGCAUGGAAAUGGUAUUUUUUCAUACAACUCCAAUGUAAGUUCUAAAUUCCAGCCAUGAAGCCUUUUUUUUUUUUUUAAAUUAAAAAGAAAAAGAGAAAAAAUUAUCUUGAGGGCUGGAGAUGUUGAGGUGUUAAGGCACUUGCCUUGGAGGUGGCCCAUCCCCUCUCAGUGCCCGGCACCCUGCAGUACCUCGGGCAGUGCCUGGAGUGAGGCCUGAGCACUGAGCCAGGGGCAGGCUCUGAGCAGGGCCAGGUGUGGCCCAGAAACAAACAAACAAACAAACAAAAAAGGAAGAUCUUGAAUUGCUGAUAGUAGAAGGAAAAACCCUUUUGGAGUGUGUAACUGACACACAGUGACUGAACGUCAUUGCGAACCCCAAUAACAGGCCGAGGCCCUACAACGUGUAUAAAUAUCCACGUCUGUAUAUUAGAAUCACUAUUUAAUGAGAAGAAAGGGUAAAUUAAGAUAUGGGGGUGUUCAUUUUUUUUUAUAAGACACUGUACUCUGAAUCUCAUGUGAAAGGAAAUAUAUUUAAGUGUGUUUCUGUUGUUCUAGGCAGGGCAAAGAUUGAAGAGUGGGAAUUCCCACAGCUAGUGGGUCUGGAGGCAUUUUACUCGUAGGAAGAAAUUCACUGAAACGCUUUUUGGAUGCUCCGACUGUGUGGCCUCGUGACUGAGGAAACCACGUAGGGUCCUGUGGGAGCACUUUGCUUUGAUUCAGGCCACACGAGGAAGGCGCAGACCCAAGUAGAAUCCGUCUGGCAUUACUGUGUGAGCUCUGCCUUUGUUCUCCCUGGUAUUAAGAGGGCUAUCCAUAGAUACACGUUGCGUUUCUAAUGGAAAAAUCAUUUUCCAUCUGGCCGACUGGGAAUCACGGUCGUCCCCUUACCCAGAACAUGCGCCCCAUCUUUUCGGAGUCUGUGAUAUCUUCAAGCAUCUCCCGUUUGAGUCCAUCCGAAUAAUCGUGUUUAUUUGUUUCCUCACAGCAGUGACCUCAUGACUUAUGCAAUCUCUGUCAUUCCUUAGGCAGUAAAGCAAUUACACGAACCUUUCUCACGGUGCCUUCUUAAUAGCUGGUUUUCGAGGCAGCGGACUUUGUGUCUUCUUUUUGCUGACAAUAAAGUCAAAGUGACUGAUU